CAGAGCACCUACUCUGUGGGGUGAAUAAGCACAGGUGGGGAAGAGUCGGACAGACCAGGUUUGAGGUCCUAGGCUUUGGCUCUCACCAGCUGUGUGGCGUUGGGCAAAACAGCCUCCUUUUACCCCCUUGUGAGAUGCAGACAAACAUUGAAGAAAGCAGCAGGUGGGGAAGCCUACUGCUGGAGCACCGGCCCAGAGUGACUGCCCAUGAAGUAGGGUCAUUGGAGCUGGCGUCGGGUCUCUGCAGAGCCUGAGAGCAUGUUGGGCCUGGCAGCGGAAGGACGCACUUUCAGAACUCUGGCUUCUGGCAGGGGCUGGGCGUGAAGCAGCAGCAGCUGCGAUCAGCCUCCAGAACCCCGAUCCGCCAGACCUCUGAAAAGGCGGGUUUCGUGGCGCGAACCUGGGUCUCCCCCGUCGAGUGGGCUGGCCACCACAGACCGAGGCGGGCUAACAGGAGGGGGCGGGCAGCUGAACAGGCUGCGGGGCAGAUGGGGUUGGCGUCCGCGUCUCCAGGGUGCAGGCCAGCAGAGGGCAGGCGGAGUCGGGAGAGACCCUGAGGCCUUGGCCCGCUGACCCCAGGCGGGAGCAACGGGCGCUUUCUGACGGGGCGGGGACCGGAGGGGGUGGCGACCGAGUCCCAGCCCGCCCGGAAACGCGCCAGCGGGAACCCAGGCGCGCAGCGCGCACGGACCCGGCACCUGGGACCGCGCCGGCUGGAGCGCAGGUACGCUCCGUCCGCGGGGGCCGUGGGGACGGCGAGGUGGGGGGGACGGCGCGCUCUCGUGGUCGGGCCGGCCCCCAGGCCGCGGGAGCCCCGGAUGCGCUGUGCAGCGCCCUCCCCUGCCAACCGAGCCUCCCUGGGCCCUGCCUGAGCAGGCCUGCCUGGCAAGCUGGGACAUGUCUGGCCCCCGAGGACGGCUGGGGGGCGAUGGCUGCAGUGGAGGAGGGGCUGGAACCCCAGUUGGCUGCUGCAGAAGAUGCUGCAAAAGAUGCUGCAGACACUGUGGAUGCGUGGCCCGCGGCACCUCCUCUCCUGGCUGGGAACCGGCUGAGCCUGGACCUGUACCCUGGGGGCUGCCAGCGGCUGCUGCACCUGUGUGCCCAGCAGACCCCUCAGUUGCUGGAGGUGGAGUUCCUGCAGCUGAGUGGCCACGAGGACCCUCAGCUGCUGGAAGCCACCCUGGCCCGGGUGCCGUGGAGCCUGCCACACCUCCGCUCCCUGGUCCUCAAAGGUGGGCAACGCCGGGAUGCUUUGGGUGCCUGCCUCCGGGGCUCCCUGACCACACUGCCCGCCAUACUGAGUGGCCUAGCACGCUUGGCCCACCUGGAUCUGAGCUUCAACAGCCUAGAGACACUGCCGGCCUGCGUCCCGCGGAUGCGUGGCCUGGGUGCCCUGCUACUCUCUCACAACCACCUCUCAGAGCUGCCUGAGGCCCUGGGGGCCCUUCCCACCCUCACCUUCCUUGCCGUGACCCACAACCGCCUGCAAGCGCUGCCCACAGCACUGGGGGCCCUGUCCACCCUGCAGCGCCUCGAUCUCUCGGAGAACCUCCUGGACAGUGUGCCCCCCGAGAUCGGAGGCCUGAGCAGCCUCGCUGAGCUCAGUCUGGCCUCCAACCGGCUGCAGAGCCUCCCGGAUUCCCUUGCGGGGCUGCGCUCCUUGCGCCUCCUUGUUCUGCAUAGCAACCUUCUGGCCUCUGUGCCCGCCGGCCUGGCCCGCCUCCCACUGCUCACCCGGCUGGACCUGAGGGACAACCAGCUUCGGGACGUGCCCCCAGAGCUGCUGGACGCCCCCUUUGUGCGCCUGCAGGGGAACCCUCUGGGCAAGGCCCUGCCAGACUCCCACAGUCCCCCAGGGACACCCAUGGUCCCAGAAAUGCCCAGACUGUUCCUGACCUCAGAUUUGGACAGCUUCCCCGUGACCCCCCAAGGCUGCUCUGUGACCCUGGCCUGCGGUGUCCGCCUGCAGUUUCCUGCUGGUGCCACUACUACCUCUGUCACCAUCCGCUAUCGACAGUGGCAGCCGGAGCCGCGCCUCGUCCCCCUGGGUCCCCAUGACUCCUUGCUCAGUGGUGUCUUGGAACUGCAGCCCCAUGGGGUGGCCUUCCAGCAGGAGGUAGGCCUGUGGCUGCUCUUCGUGCCCCCACGGUCCCGGCGUUGCCGUGAGGUGGUGGUGAGGACUCUGAGUGACGACAGCUGGAGUGACCUGGAGACCCACCUGGAGGAAGAGGCGCCGAAGCGGCUCUGGGCUCACUGCCAGGUACCCCACUUCUCAUGGUUCCUUGUGGUUUCACGCCCUGUGUCCAACGCUUGCCUGGUGCCACCAGAGGGGACAUUGCUGUUCUCCUCGGGGCAUCCUGGGGUCAAGGUCACAUUUCCCCCUGGAGCCACAGAGGAGCCUCGUCACGUCCGCAUGCAAGUGGUGCGCAUGGCGGCCAGGGAGCUGCAGGCCCUGUUGCAGGAGCCGGAGGCAGCUGUGAGCCCCCUGCUGUGCCUCUCCCAGAGUGGCCCUUCCAGCUUCCUCCAGCCAAUCACCGUGCAGCUGCCUCUGCCCCCUGGCAUCACAGGCCUGAGCCUGGACCGCUCCCGCCUGCACCUGCUGUACCGUGCCCCUCCUGCAGCCACCUGGGAUGACAUCACGGCUCAGGUGGCACUCGAGCUCACCCACCUGUAUGCUCGCUUCCAGGUCACACACUUCUCCUGGUACUGGCUGUGGUACACCACCAAGGCCUGUGUGGGGCACCUGGCGGGCAAGGCCUGGCGGCGGCUGCGUCUCCACCAUGUCAACCUCAUCGCACUGCAGAGACGCCGGGAUCCCGAGCAGAUCCUACUGCAGUGCCUGCCGCGCAGCAAGGUGGAUGCCACAUUGCGACGCCUGCUGGAACGGUACCGCGGCCCCGAGCCCUCCGACACGGUGGAGAUGUUUGAGGGCGAGAGAUUCUUUGCUGCCUUCGAGAGGGGCAUCGACGUGGAUGCCGACCGCCCCGACUGCGUGGAGGGCAGAGUGUGCUUCGUGUUCUACUCACACCUGAAGAACGUGAAGGAGGUGUAUGUGACCACCACCCUAGACCGGCAGGCCCAGGCCGUGCGGGGCCAGGUGUCCUUUUAUCGGGGAGCAGUGCCUGGCGAGGUGCCUGAGGAGGUGCCAGCCGCCCGGCACAGGAAGGGUGUGGAUGCCCUGUGGAUGGCCACUCUGCCCAUCAAGUUGCCGAAACUGCCCCGCUCUGAGGGGCUGGGCCACAGGGCUAACCUCUCCCUGGCACCUCUGAACCUGGGUGAUGCUGACACCGGCUUCCUGACCCAGAGCAACCUGCUGAGUGUGGCCGGGCGCCUGGGCCCAGACUGGCCGACGGUGGCCCUGCACCUGGGCGUGUCCUACCAGGAGCUGCAGCGCAUCCGGCAUGAGUUCCGGGAUGACCUGGAUGGGCAGAUCCGACAUAUGCUCUUCUCUUGGGCUGAACGCCAGGCUGGGCAGCCAGGGGCUGUGGGGCUCCUCAUGCAGGCCCUGGAGCAGAGCGACCGGCGUGACGUGGCCGAAGAGGUGCGGGCUGUCUUGGAGCUCGGCCGCCAUAAGUACCAGGAUGGCAUCCGGCGCACAAGCCUGGCCCCUGGGGGCCUUGCCCCGACUGGCCCUUCAGCAUCAAAGUCCCCAGAGCCUGUCCAGGCCUAGACCCUGCCAACCUUGGGCUGGCCCCUGGUGUGCCCUGGCUGGGGCACAGAGGCCCCCAUUUUCAAGCCUUCCCUGUGUGUAACAAACAUGCAGUGUGCUGGUUGCUGUCUCAGAGCUCAGUUUGGUUUGUU